AAAAUAUGGCAGACGACGAACUGUCUAAAGCUUUAAAAGACCUUUCUAUUCGUAUCCAAACCGCUAGUAUUAAACAGCGACAAGUUGUAAUACAAGAUGUUAUAUCAGUUUUAUCAAAUGAAGGGAUCACCGAAAACAUCAUACGAGGAAUAUGUAAAGUAUUACAAUUGGUUUUACCUCGAUAUAGAGAUUUGAAAUCUCAAAUUUUAGUCAAACAUUUAAUAUCGACCUUAUUAAAAUAUCAUUUUGAAUGGACGAAACAGCAUUUAGUCAUUAUUUUAAAAGAAUGUGGGGAACAAUUAAGAAAUAUUGUACCAACAACGUAUACAGCCAAAUCCAGCUUAAUUGCAUUAAAUUGGUCACUCCUGUUAUUUCAAGCAGCUUCAAAAGAUUCGGAAUGUUUGAAAAAAGUGAUCGAAGAAUUAGCUCCAAUACAAGCUAUUCUACUAACCACUAUUAUUUCAGUGGGGAAUAAUAAAUUAACACGAAAAGCUAAUAAGUGUUUAACGAUUAUGUGGAAAUCUAUUGAGGAUAGUGAAUCAACAUAUCUUGAAGUGUUAAGUAACUCGGAACCAACUUCUGAUGUAAUUGUACUUGUAGCGUGUAUCAAUCAGACGCUAGAUCAAAAGAAUAAACAAGCUAAUUUAAUCAACAAAUAUAAGGAAAAAUUUUUGGAUAUAUUUAUAAAAACUUUAAUUAGUUGUAAAACGAAACCAUCACCAACAAUAAUUGUAGCAUGUUAUCCAUUUUUAAAAUUGAUCAAUCAUGAAGAUUUUAAAAAUGUUCUACUGCCAGCUUUACAAAAAGCAAUGCUACGUAGUCCAGAAGUAAUUUUGGAAUGUGUUGGUCUAGUUAUAUCUGGUAUAUCAAUUGACUUAAGUAAUUAUGCUGCCGAUAUUGGUAAAAGUUUAACAGUUAAUUUAAGUUCGAAAAAUGAUCUAGUACGUGAAGAAGCUGCUAUUGGUUGUAAACAUCUUUCUAUGCACUGUAACAAAGCGGACGCCAUUGAAAGUUUAUUGACUCAAACAUUUGGAAUAUUUAAUGGUUCAAAUGGGAAAUUAACUGUACUCGAACAUAAAUUGAGUGUAUUGAAAGGUGCCGGUAAUUUAAGCGAAAAUAACAUAACAAACAAUACAAAUUUAGCUCAAUCUGCUGCCGAACAUUUUUUCAAAGUACUUGAAUCUGAAGUGAAUGAAACAUGUUUAUGUUUUGCAUUAAAACAAUUAUCCAGAUGGUGUCAAAAAUUUGUUAAAGAAAUUCCGAAAAAAGUUAUUGAUGGUUUAAAGAAAGGAAUGGAGUUAAAAACAUCGACUCCAAAUGUUCGCGUUGUGUAUAUUGAAUGUAUGCUAACAUGUUUUAAUAAAAGUAUGACCACACAAGGAAUUGAUUUGAUACCGGCGUUGCUAAAAUCUGUAGAACGUGCUGUAGCGCAAUCGACACAACCUGGACCUGUUACUGAAGGUGUAUGUGCGGCUAGAUUACUCUUACGAAUUGCUAAAGCUGAUUCUAAUACAACAGCAAAAAUGCAGCCAUUAUGGAAUGUUAUUUACGAUAUGGAUAAACAAAUAUUUAUUUCGGAUAAAUUUUUAACUAUUGGAACUGAAGAUGCUUUGUUACAUGUGGUAUUACUCUGUGAAAGUUUACUUUUGGAUCAUUUACCAAAAUUAGUUGGUAAAGAAUUACCAAUCUACAAAGCGAUAAUUCAUUCCACAUGUUCAAUUCCACAUCAUAUUCGAAAAUUAGCGCUAAGUUCAAUCAAACAAAUCAUAUCAGCGCCAAAGUCUACAGGCACAGUUCAUGCAUGUGCAUUACUGACAGAAUUAUCAAAUUAUAUGUUUUCGGCGAAAAUAGUUAAUCGAGAACAACGCGAAUCAUCAGAACCUACGAAGAAUCAUGAAGUACAUCCACAUAUUUUUGUUGAAAUUAUUACCACAAUCUGUUCGAGAAGUAACUUAGCUGUAAAAGAUGCUCAUCAAUUGGCGUUCACUGCGUUAGUACCAACACAUCAUCCUUCGGUUGUAAAUAUUGCACCAGGUUUAUGGAGACGGCUUAUUAAAUAUAUUAAAGUUGAGCCCAAAAAGUUUAUUAAUUUAUAUAUUAAACAAAUCUAUAAAACGUAUAUUGAUGAUUACACGGCUACACCGACAAACGAAAACAUCUUAGCUAACUUAAUCUCUUUGACACCAGAUCUAUUAUUAUCAUAUUUAGUCCAACAAGUUGAAGGGCGAUUAAAAUUACCGGCACUUUUACAAAUUACAAAGGAUGAUUAUUUUAUAUUUUUAACACCCGAAGGGGAAUUGUACGAUAAGAGUGUUAUUCCAGGAAAUGAUGAAAACACUCUAAAUACUAUGAAUAUGAAACGAGAAAGUAAAGCUUACAGUUACAAAGAACAGCAAGAAGAAUUAGCGUUGCGCCGUGAAUUACUUGAGAAAAAGAAAAAAGAAGGAAAAAUCACUGAACCACAAUAUACUCCAAAACAAUUGGAAAUUAUUAAAGCACAAAAAGACAAAGAAUCUGCAAUAAGAAGUAAAUUAACUGAGCUAAACACUAUGCUAACAAAUACAGUAUCUUUAGUUCGAGCCUCAGCUAAAGGGCAUCCAGUCGAAUUAUCUGUAUUUUAUCGUGAUUUAAUUCCAGCCGUACUUGGAACUUUGCAAUCACCGUUAGCAGCUCCAUUAUUAACAUCACUUUUCGUAGAUUUACACGAAACAAUUUUCGUAAAUGAACUGAAAUAUAUUGGAAAUUUAAUUUCACACGUAUCGCUUCGCUUGUUGAAACCUGCCUGUGAUUUAGAUCCACUCUGGGAAGAAGAAAAUUUAACAGAUGCAAUAAAACGAACAAUCAAUUAUAUUCACGAUACUACAAUUAAAACUCGUGAUCCAGAAUUAAAUCCAGAAACGCCACAAUUUCAUUUUUCAGCUCCAAUGUUAAGUUAUACUUUCCCGUUUUUAAAAACAAGUUUGCUUUCACCGGAAAUUAAAGCGGACGAAAAAGUUUUACAUGAUGCGUUACAAAUUAUCUCUGAACAUUCAAAAUUGCGAGGCCAAUUAACAGGCGAUAAACGUGAUAUAUUCCAUCCAAAAUUACUUCCACAUAGGCAAAUGUUUGAGUUAUUAGUUGAAUUAGUUAGCUCCACAACUGGGCGAGUACAAUCUCAAGCUGUUGCGUGUUUAUUGGAUGUGGCAAAAAGUGCUGGAGGUGGUGAGAACUGUGCAAAAGCUUCAGAAUCUGAAUUAAGUGUUUUGUUAGUAGCGCUUCAAAAUCCAUCCGAAUUUGUUCGAGAUGCUGCAUUACGAGCUUUGCAAUUAAUGGCAUCUACAAUUCCUACACCGAAAGAGAAUAAAGAAUUAGCUUUAACCACGUUACGUAGGGUGUGGAUUGCCAAAUAUGAUAAUUCCGAAGAAAUAAGGACUUUGGCAGAAAAAUUAUGGGAGGAUGCUCACUUAGAAGUUUCUAAUAAUUUAGGUGAAUUAAUUAUGCAAGAUAUUCAACAUCCUGUUGAAUGUAUUCAACAAUCUGCCGCAUGCGCAUUACGUGCACUUCUAGAACAAGAAAUUCAAACAAAUCCAAAGAAAAUUGAUACAAUCAUACAGAGGCUUUUGAAUAUUUAUAAGGACAAAUUAAAUAUAAUACCACCAACAUUGGAUAAUUUCGGUCGAGUUGUAGAACAAUCUAUCGAUAUGUGGGGCCCAAGACGAGGCGUAGCACUUGCUUUAAAACAAUUAGCACCGUUAAUUCCGCUAGAAUCAAUUGGUAAAUUAAUAUCAUUUUUCGUAAAAAGUGGAUUAGCUGAUCGCCAUGAAGAUGUACGUGCUGAAAUGUUAGCUGCAGCUUUAGCUGUUGUUGAAUUGCAUGGAAAAGAUACAAUUAGCACAGUUUUACCAGUAUUUGAACAAUUUAUGGAUAAAACACCAAAAUCUGGUGGCUUUGAUUCUGUUCGACAAAGUGUUGUAAUUUUAAUGGGAUCAUUAGCAAAACAUUUAGAAAAGGAUGAUGAACGAUUAAAACCAAUUGUAAUGAGAUUAGUAGCAGCGUUAUCAACACCUUCACAACAGGUGCAAGAAGCCGUUGCAAAUUGCUUACCACCGUUAGUUCCAGCAAUAAGGGAUGACGCUCCAAAUAUUGUUAACAAAUUAUUACAUCAACUAUUAAAAUCCGAAAAGUAUGGUGAUAGAAAAGGGGCUGCUUAUGGAAUCGCUGGUUUGGUUAAAGGAAUGGGUAUUUUAGCUCUCAAACAAUUAGAUAUCAUGACCAAAUUAACGGAAGCUAUCCAAGAUAAAAAGAAUUAUAAGCAUCGUGAAGGAGCUUUAUUUGCGUUUGAAAUGUUGUGCGCAAUGUUAGGUCGAUUAUUUGAGCCGUAUAUAGUUCAUGUGUUACCACAUUUACUCUUGUGUUUUGGAGAUUCUAGUCAAUAUGUUCGUACAGCCACGGAUGAUACAGCUCGCGUUGUUAUGAGUAAACUUUCAGCUCAUGGUGUUAAAUUAGUUUUGCCAUCAUUGUUGGCUGCUUUAGAAGAAGAUUCAUGGCGAACGAAAACUGGAUCGGUUGAAUUAUUAGGAUCUAUGGCAUACUGUGCACCAAAACAAUUAUCAUCGUGUUUACCUAGUAUUGUACCCAAAUUAAUUGAAGUUUUAAGUGAUUCUCAUAUUAGAGUACAAGGUGCUGGUGCGGAAGCUUUGAAAGUGAUUGGAUCUGUAAUAAGAAAUCCAGAAAUUCAAGCAAUUGUUCCUGUAUUAUUAGGAGCUUUACAAGAUCCAUCAAAUAAAACUUCGGCUUGCUUGCAAACAUUACUUGAUACUCAAUUUGUUCAUUUUAUUGAUGCUCCAUCUCUUGCUUUAAUAAUGCCUGUGGUACAACGAGCUUUCCAGGAUCGCUCAACUGAAACUAGAAAAAUGGCAGCACAAAUUAUUGGAAAUAUGUAUUCGUUAACCGAUCAAAAAGAUUUGAAACCAUAUUUACCAACCAUUAUUCCAGGGCUUAAAACAUCUCUCUUAGAUCCAGUGCCAGAGGUUCGAAGUGUCAGUGCUCGAGCUCUCGGUGCAAUGGUUCGAGGAAUGGGUGAAGCUAGUUUUGAAGAUUUGUUACCAUGGUUGAUGAAUACUUUAACUUCCGAAACUAGUUCUGUUGAUAGAUCUGGUGCUGCUCAAGGUCUAUCUGAAGUAGUCGCUGGUCUCGGUGUCGAAAAAUUGCAUAAAUUGAUGCCAGAAAUAAUAUCUACGGCAGAACGAACAGAUAUUGCACCGCAUGUUAAAGAUGGUUAUAUUAUGAUGUUUAUUUACUUACCUUCAGCUUUUACAGCAGAAUUUACGCCAUAUAUUGGACAAAUCAUAAAUCCUAUUCUUCAAGCAUUAGCUGAUGAAAAUGAAUACGUUCGAGAUACGGCACUUAAAGCUGGACAACGUAUUGUUAAUUUAUAUGCUGAAUCUGCUAUUAUGCUUUUGUUGCCAGAACUUGAGCGUGGCUUAUUUGAUGAUAAUUGGCGAAUUCGUUAUAGCUCGGUGCAAUUACUUGGAGAUUUAUUGUAUCGAAUAUCUGGUGUAUCUGGUAAAAUGUCUACCGAAACAGCCAGUGAGGAUGAUAACUUUGGUACAGAACAAUCUCAUCACGCAAUUAUACGAACUCUUGGUGCAGAGCGGCGUAAUCGUGUACUAGCUGGUCUUUAUAUGGGACGAUCGGAUGUCGCUUUAAUGGUGCGACAAGCUGCACUUCAUGUAUGGAAAGUCGUCGUUACAAACACUCCAAGAACAUUACGAGAAAUCCUUCCGACAUUAUUUACCUUAUUAUUGGGUUGUUUAGCCAGUACAAGUUAUGAUAAACGUCAAGUAGCAGCAAGAACUUUAGGGGAUUUAGUCAGAAAAUUAGGUGAACGAGUUCUUCCGGAAAUUAUACCUAUUUUAGAAGAAGGUUUACAAUCAGAUCAAGCCGAUACGCGACAAGGAGUAUGUAUUGGUUUAUCAGAAAUAAUGGCUUCCACAUCACGAGAUAUGGUACUAACAUUUGUUAAUUCUCUGGUUCCAACUGUGCGAAAAGCACUUUGUGAUCCAUUGCCAGAAGUACGUCAAGCUGCUGCAAAAACUUUUGAUAGUUUACAUUCAACUGUUGGUGUUAAAGCAUUGGAUGACAUUUUACCAGCUAUGUUGAAUCAAUUAAACGAUGAAAAUGAGGAAUUAGUUGAAUGUACACUUGAUGGUCUACGACAAGUUAUGGCAAUCAAGUCACGAGUUGUUUUGCCAUAUUUAGUUCCACAAUUGGCUGCACCUCCUGUUAAUACUAAGGCGCUGGCUAUUUUAGCAUCAGUUGCUGGAGAAGCUUUAACACGGUUCUUAAACAAAAUUCUACCAGCUUUAUUAACAGCGUUGUCUGAUUCACAUGGCACUCCUGAUGAAGCUCAACAACUAGAGUAUUGUCAAACAGUCGUUCUUUCUGUAACCGAUGAAGCAGGAACUCGUACUAUUAUUGAUCAGUUGUUAGAACACACACGAUCUGAUAGUCCACAGCGGCGAAGAUCAGCUGCUGCUUUACUUUGUGCAUUCUGUGGAUCAUCUAAAGCAGAUUUCUCAAUCCAUAUUCCUCAAUUAAUGCGUGGAUUAAUCCAUUUAUGUACUGAUAGUGAUAAAGAAGUGCUACAAAUGGCAUGGGAAGCAUUAAAUGCUGUUACGAAAACAAUUGAACCCAAACAACAAGCUCUGUAUGUCGCGGAUGUUCGACAAGCAGUUCGAUUUGCUCUUAGUGACAUGAAGAACUCAGAUUUAAUACCAGGUUUUUGUUUGCCAAAAGGCAUUAUGCCUAUAUUACCAAUCUUCCGUGAAGCGAUACUUAAUGGUGAUGGUGACGAAAAAGAAAGUGCUGCACAAGGUUUAGGCGAAGUAAUUAAAGUUACCAGUGCAACGGCAUUACAACCAUCGGUUGUAACAAUCACGGGUCCAUUAAUUCGUAUUCUAGGAGAUCGGUUUAGUUGGCAAGUGAAAGCUGCUGUUUUGGAAACAUUAGCAAUACUUUUAGCUAAAGUCGGUGUUAUGUUAAAACAAUUUUUACCACAAUUACAAACAACAUUUUUGAAAGCAUUACAUGAUCCAACAAGGCAAGUACGACUUCGGGCUGCUUACGCAUUGGGUCAAUUAAUUGUUAUACAUGCGCGUUGUGAUCCUUUAUUCUCUGAUUUACAUUCUGGAAUACGAAAUGCCGAUGAUCCAGCUGUUAGAGAAACAAUGCUACAGGCAUUAAGAGGUGUCAUCUCCGCAGCUGGAGAUAAAAUGUCAGAUACUUUACGUAAACAAAUACACGCAACUUUAGCCGGUAUGCUGAAUCAUCCUGAAGAUAUAACAAGAAGCGCUGCUGCUGGUUGUUUUGGAGCUUUAGCUCGAGUACUAUCGCCAGAACAAUUAGCCGAUACUUUAAAUAACAAUUUAUUAGUAGAUGAUACAUCAGAUGACUGGCAAUUACGACAUGGUCGCAAUGCUGCAUUAUCUGUAGCUCUCAAAGAAGGCGCUAGCGUCAUUUAUACUCCAGAAUUCGAGCAACCAAUAAUACGUUGUCUUUUGGCUCGACUUCAAGCAGAUCGUGUAUCGAUAUCUGGCAGCGCUUUAAGAGCAUCUGGAUAUUUAUUACAACAUUUAAUGUUAACUGAUCAACCCCUUCCCCAGAAUUUAUUAGUACCUUUUGUUAGAACAAUGAAUCAUAGUAGCAACGAUGUUAAACAAUUACUUGCCAGAAUUGCAAUACAUCUUGCAAAAACAGUACCUCCUGAAAAAAUGGCCCCAGAACUGUUAAAACUUUUAUUACCAACUCUAGUCAAUGGUACAAAAGAAAAGAAUGGAUAUGUGAAAGCAAAUUCAGAAAUAGCUUUAAUCGCUGUUUUAAGAUUAAGACAAGGCGAUGAAGUACAUCAGCAAUGCUUAAGUUUAUUGGAUGUUGGAGCACGAGAAUCCUUAGCUGAUGUCGUUAGUAAAGUAUUACGAAAAGUAAUGUCACAACCAGAAGGCAAAGAAGAAGAAUUAGAUGAUACCCUCAUAGCAUGAUUAUCCCAAUUAGCAAUAAGUUCAAAUAUGUUACUAAACCUAAACCAUAAUAUCACCACUUCCUGUCGUCGUUGUCAUUCAACCAUAAUAAAUUGGUGCCACAAUAAAAAUGUAACUAGCUCUGUGUCAAAUUCGAAUAAUAAUCAAAUUCAAUAUUGUAUCGUAUU